UGUCUGGUGACAGACUUUCUUAUGCCUCUAACCGUAAUUUCUAAUAAAGUAAGAAGUUUAUUUGGAUGCAAUUUCAUAUGAAGGCUUUUGGGUAGAUGUUAUUUUAACUUUUUUACAUACAAUUAAUUAAAAUGAAGUACCUAAAAUGUAGCCGAAUAAGUCUGUAUAUACUUACAUUAGUGAGUUUUGUUGCUGCAAAUAGAAUCAAAGACAUGUUAUACAUGCCAAUUAGUGGAGUUGCAGCUUGUUUUCGCAGACAUAAUGGAACACAUCAGUUUGGAUGUUCAUCAAGUAAAUCAGGUAGUAUAGGUGUAAUUCAUAUAGUUGAAAAUGAAGGGGACGUACAGUGGUUGGAAACAAAUAGUACUGCGGGACCUUAUACGAUAGUGUUAUCCUUUAAUAUGUUUAAUAUGGAGAUUUUGAAGCGAUUUAAAAAUUCAAAUAAUGUAAAUGGUGUUCUGUUAACUGAUAGUACGAGAAAUUCAGAGCACCCAUCAAGUUAUUCUCCAGACGAUAGUUGCCCAAACAGGUAUUCUGGAUCUAAAUUAUGUGAUAAGCCUUGGAAUCCCUAUGGUUCUUCGAUACUUUUGGAAGACUGGCCUUUUCCUAUGUUUUAUAUGAAGGACGAAGAAGCUCUUAGUAAAAUAAAAUUGUGCUAUCUAAAGUACAAUGCCCAUAAUCGAGAAAAACAGGCUGAACGAUCUUUGUGUGCACUUGAAAUGAAGUCGUUUAUGUUUGCUGCUCUCAAUUCAGAGUCUUGUAUUAGGCGUAGUACAUAUAGUAUCAAUUUUAAUCCAGAUGUUUUUUGUGAUCCACUCGGUGAUAGAAAUAUUCAUUGGCCAGUAGGACCUAUGAACGAUGAUGUAAAAUCUGUCAUUAUGGUCAUUGCUAAAUUAGAUGCCAACUCUUUGUAUGAAAAAUUAGUGCCAGGAGCUGGCAGUACAGUUACUGGAUUAGUAACUUUAUUAGCAACUGCCAUUUACCUGCAUUAUUUGAAUGCUACAGUUAGCGAUAAGAAUAUUGUUUUUUCAUUAUUAAAUGGAGAGUCGUUGGACUAUAUAGGAUCUAGCCGAUUGGUUUACGAUCUUAAACAAGAAAACUUUCGUGCGUUAGGUGGCAAAUUACUAAAACUUGAUCAAAUUAAUUCUGUGAUUGAACUUGGUCAGUUAGGAAAAGGGCCACUGUAUUUGCAUACAAAUAAUUUUAAUGCCGAUGAUGCAAUGUUAAGUAAUUUACAAAGUAAGUUGAGUGCUAAAUUAUUAGAAAACAGUAAUCCACCAGCAUCUGUACAAAGUUUUUUAAAAGAGAAUUCAAGCUUACCAGUCAUUGUAAUAGCAAAUCAUGGGACAGAGUUUGUUAAUAAAUACUAUAACAGCUUAUUGGACGAUUUAGAAGGACUAGGAUACUCAAGUAACAGUUCGUUGAAGGACCUGACGUUGAGUCUGUCGCGGGUGGCGGCCACACUGGCCGAGGAGCUUUACAGUGUAGUGACCGGCACCUCGGGUCCGCCCCAGCCCAAUCACCGCUUCGUCGAGGAUCUCAUCGCGGAAUUGUUGCCCUGCUACCUCACCAGCGCCCUCUGUUCCUUGUUCUCGGCUGCCUCGCCACCCGGGACCAAGCUACCGGACCAGCUGCUGCCAAUGUACGUGAGCGUCGCGCGCUCGGACAAUCCAGUGACCACUCUCACCGGACAGUUGCUGGCCCUCCUCACCGGCGAGCCCCAGCCCGAGCUCGGAGCCGCCGCCUGCUCGGAGCGACACCUCCUCUGGAUGGCCGGGCUCAACGCGAGCGGCGUCUGCAUCAACGCCACGGCCAAUUACAGCGCGGCUGUCAGCCCGGCCUUCGUGAUCGACGAUUACGACAUGAAAUCUGGUGUUUAUUCAACUUGGACGGAAUCUGUGUGGCAGAGCCUUGGCAUGCGAAUGCUUUUGAAACCAUCAGCGGCGACAGAAAGAUUCAGUUUAAUUCUUGGUUCCGUUGUUGCAAGUGUGUCGUUCAUUCUUGUAUGGUUCGUCACAUCCCGAGCAGAUGUUUUAUUUAAUACAGGGUAA